GAAAAAAUAGAAACACAAUACACUCUGUUCCCAAAAUCCUUUUUCCGCACCUCUUUUGCUCUGCCGCCAUUGCUACGGCCUUCGCCUUCGAAAUUUUAGGGUUUCUAGGGUUUUCGUAAGCAUUUGUAGAGCUUCUCAGGGUUUUGGGGUUUAUCCGAGCUGGAUUCUUUAACUUUUCUACGGAGAAUUUCGAUGCGCCGCUGGUUUAGCGGCUUUGUUGAUUAGGUUUCUGUGAGGGGAUGAGUUAGAAGCUGGAUCGUAGCAACUGAGGAACUGAAGGAUUCUUAUGAUUUAUUUUUGUGAAUUUUAUGAUAUUCGGUCAUGGUCUCAGCGGUACGAUUAGGGCAAGGUUGAUUCUUUGUGGAAUUUGAAUGGCAUUGGGAGAUCUGAUGGCGUCUCAACUCUCACAAUCUUCAAUGGCUAUAUCGAAUCACUUGGAUGAUUUCUCAAGCAGGGAUGAUGGAGAUUUUGGUGGCCAAAGAAGGGACUCCGAGACGGCAAGUAAUAGCAGUGGCAAUGCAGCGGGGACAACCACGACGAGCAUGGCGUAUUUGCCACAGACUGUUGUGUUGUGUGAUCUUCGGCAUGAAUCAUUUGAAGCUUGCGUGCCAUCUGGUCCGUCGGAGAGUGGGCUUGUAUCCAAGUGGCGGCCUAAGGACCGGAUGAAGACUGGGUGUGUGGCACUUGUUUUGUGUUUACACAUUAGUGUUGAUCCACCAGAUGUAAUUAAAAUCUCUCCGUGUGCCAGGAUGGAGUGCUGGAUAGAUCCUUUUUCUAUGGCAGCUCCGAAGGCACUUGAAACAAUUGGUAAAACAUUGCAUUCUCAGUAUGAAAGAUGGCAACCCAGGGCUCGCUAUAAGCUUCAGCUUGAUCCUACUGUGGAGGAAGUGAAGAAGCUCUGCAAUGCCUGUCGCAAAUAUGCCAAGUCUGAGAGAGUGCUCUUUCACUAUAAUGGCCAUGGUGUCCCCAAACCAACCACAAACGGUGAAAUUUGGGUCUUCAAUAAGUUGGGUCAGAGUUAUACGCAGUACAUUCCUCUGCCAGUCAAUGACCUGGAUUCCUGGCUGGAGACACCAUCAAUAUAUGUUUUCGACUGCUCUGCUGCAGGAAAUAUUGUCAAUGCCUUUAUAGAGCGCCAAGAUUGGAAUUCUUCUGGUUCCUCUGGAUCUUCCUUGAAGGACUGCAUUCUUCUUGCGGCUUGCGAAGCACAUGAGACUCUUCCUCAGAGUGAUGAAUUUCCUGCUGAUGUGUUCACAUCUUGCCUGACGACACCAAUCAAGAUGGCACUAAGAUGGUUCUGCUCACGUUCGUUACUGCGUGAUACUCUUGACCACUCUCUCAUAGACAGAAUUCCUGGCCGCCAAACUGACCGGAAAACUCUUCUUGGGGAACUGAACUGGAUUUUUACAGCAGUGACUGACACAAUUGCUUGGAAUGUCCUCCCGCAUGAUCUUUUUCAAAGGUUGUUCAGGCAAGACCUGCUAGUUGCUAGUCUGUUCCGGAACUUUUUACUUGCGGAGCGGAUUAUGCGGUCUGCAAACUGUUCUCCAAUUUCAUAUCCAAUGUUACCUCCAACUCAUCAGCAUCAUAUGUGGGAUGCCUGGGACAUGGCUGCCGAAAUUUGCCUUUCUCAGCUUCAGUCAUUGGUUGAGGAACCUAAUGCAGAAUUUCAGCCAAGUCCUUUUUUCACGGAGCAGCUGACAGCUUUCGAGGUGUGGCUUGACCAUGGAUCUGAGCAGAAAAAACCACCAGAGCAGUUGCCAAUUGUUCUUCAGGUUUUGCUUAGUCAAUGCCACCGAUUUCGGGCACUUGUACUUCUUGGAAGAUUCCUCGACAUGGGACCUUGGGCUGUUGAUCUGGCCCUUUCAGUUGGAAUAUUCCCGUAUGUACUCAAGCUACUGCAAACAACAGCAAUUGAAUUGAGGCAAAUUCUUGUUUUCAUAUGGACAAAGAUCCUUGCUCUUGAUAAGUCAUGUCAGGUUGAUUUAGUAAAGGAUGGCGGUCAUAUAUACUUUAUAAGGUUUCUUGAUAGCCUGGAUGCAUAUCCAGAACAACGUGCAAUGGCUGCAUUUGUUUUAGCUGUCAUUGUUGAUAGCCAUAGACGUGGACAGGAAGCCUGUAUCAAAGCCGAUCUGACACAUGUGUGCUUGAAACAUCUUCAACUUGCUGCUCCUCAUGAAGCACAAACUGAGCCAUUGCUUCUUCAGUGGCUUUGUCUCUGUCUAGGAAAGCUGUGGGAGGAUUUACUGGAGGCACAGAUAAUAGGUUUGCAGGCAGAUGCACCAAUAAUAUGUAUACCGUUAUUGUCAGAGCCCCAACCUGAGGUUCGAGCUUCUGCUGUUUUUGCGCUGGGUACCCUUCUUGAUGUUGGAUCUGAUUCACCCAGGGAUGGGGUUGGAGGUGAUGAGGAAUGUGAUGAUGAUGAAAAGCUUAAAGCUGAGAUAAAUAUUAUUAAAAGUCUUCUAAAUGUAGUUUCAGAUGGAAGCCCACUGGUUCGGGCAGAGGUUGCUGUAGCUCUUGCACGCUUUGCCUUUGGCCACAAUAAGCACCUGAAAUCAAUUGCUGCUGCAUACUGGAAGCCGCAAUCUAACUCUCUGUUGAGUUCCUUACCAUCUUUGGCUUCUAUGAGAAGUCCCAGUGGUGGAUAUACUAACUCAAGCCAAUAUAUGCAGCAUGGAAGUACUAUUCCUACCCAAAUUGGUCCUGUAAUGAGAAUGGGCAGUGACAGCAUAUCCGGGGGUCGAGAUGGAAGGGUGUCUACCAGUAGUCCUCUUUCUACUUCUGGGAUAAUGCAUGGGUCUCCAUUGUCGGAUGAUUCAUCUCAGCACUCUGAUUCUGGAAUAUUAGUAAAUGAGAGCUCUAGUAAUGGGGUCAUUAACUAUUCAAGACCUAGACCCCUUGACGGUGGAAUUUAUUCUCAAUGUGUUUUGGCAAUGUGUUCUCUGGCCAAAGAUCCAUCUCCUCGAGUUGCAAGCCUUGGCCGGCAAAUACUUGCCAUUAUUGGUAUCGAACAAGUUGUUACUAGGUCGUUACGGUUCGGUGGUGGCAGUUUUCGGCAGGGUGAUGCAACUUCAACUCCAACCCCUAACCUUGCUGGACUGGCACGGUCAUCAUCGUGGUUUGACAUGAAUGGAGGUCAUUUACCACUGACAUUUAGAACUCCUCCUGUUAGUCCCCCUCGACAAAAUUACUUGCCAGGAAUGAGGAGAGUUUGUUCACUAGAGUUCAGGCCACACCUGCUGAACUCCCCAGACUCGGGGUUAGCUGAUCCACUUUUAGGUUCUAGUGGUACUCCUGGGACUUCAGAGCGCAGUUUGCUUCCUCAAUCAACGAUCUACAAUUGGAGUUGUGGUCAUUUCUCAAGGCCACUCCUUACAGCAGCUGAUGAUAAUGAAGAGAUAUUGUCCAGAAGAGAGGAAAGGGAAAAAAUUGCACUGGAUCGCAUAACUAAAUGCCAGCAUUCUUCUGUUAGCAAGCUGAGCAAUCAAAUUGCUUCUUGGGAUACCAAGUUUGAGACAGGUACAAGAACAGCUUUGCUGCAGCCUUUUUCUCCUGUUGUAGUUGCUGCUGAUGAGAAUGAAAGGAUCAGGAUAUGGAACUAUGAGGAAACUACUCUUCUCAACAGUUUUGAUAACCAUGAUUUCCCUGACAAAGGAAUUUCUAAACUUUGCCUUGUGAAUGAGCUAGAUGACACCUUGCUUCUUGUUGCUUCAUGUGAUGGAAAUAUCCGUAUUUGGAAAGAUUAUUCUUUGAGGAGUAAACAAAAGCUUGUAACUGCAUUCUCUUCAAUUCAAGGUCAUAGACCUGGUGUACGGAGUGUGAAUGCUGUUGUGGAUUGGCAGCAGCAGUCUGGAUAUUUGUAUGCUUCUGGAGAGAUAUCAUCCAUCAUGCUAUGGGAUUUGGAUAAAGAGCAGCUUGUCAAUUCUAUUCCAACAUCAUCGGAAAGCAGUGUCUCAGCAUUGUCUGCUUCUCAAGUUCAUGGUGGUCAGCUAGUUGCUGGUUUUGUGGAUGGUUCUGUCAGACUAUAUGACAUUCGUACUCCAGAAAUGCUUGUUUGUGCAACCCAGCCCCACACACAGAGAAUAGAAAGGGUUGUGGGGAUCGGGUUUCAACCAGGAUUCCAUCCGGCAAAGAUUGUCAGUGCAUCCCAAGCCGGUGACAUUCAGUUUCUAGAUGUCAGAAAUCACACUGAUGCCUACCUCACAAUCGAUGCUCAUAGGGGUUCACUUACAGCCUUGGCCAUUCAUCGCCAUGCUCCCAUUAUUGCCAGUGGCUCUGCCAAGCAGCUUAUUAAAAUUUUUAGCCUUGGAGGAGAACAACUUGGCACCAUCCGAUACUACCCUACCUUCAUGGCCCAGAAGAUUGGGUCUGUAAGCUGUCUCACUUUCCAUCCUUACAAGGUCCUGCUUGCCGCUGGUGCUGCUGAUUCUCUAGUCUCAAUUUAUGCUGAUGAGAACUCUCAAAAUAGAUGAACAUGCACCCCCACCCCACCACAACAAAUUUCUCACAUGGGACGACACAGGCAUCGUACAUACAUUAUUUGGUUGAAUGUGGCUUAAUUGGAGCAUCUGCAUUGUGUGGGCUGCCAUUCAUUCUCUUCGGCUCUUCAGUUACCCCUGCGGUCACAUACUGGUCGGGCCCGUCUUUGAAAAUUGUAUGGUAUAUAUUCAUUAGCCUCCAUGUCAGAGGGUCGUGCAUAUUGGGCAGGAAGGCUGCGCAUCUCUGGGAGGCUUUUGCAAAUAAUCCGAUAUAUAGGUAAAAGUUGUAAAUAUUUGCUUCUCUUGCUUUUUUUUUUUUUUUUUUUUUUUCCCCCCCUUUGGCAUAUUUUUAUUUCUUAUUGGUGCUUUCCCCCUGCCCUAUCUCUUUGUUCAAUUUGUACAAUUGACAAUGGUUUAUUUAUAAAUGAAGUGUCAACAGACUUGAA